CAGUACAUAUUUCGUACUGACCCCCCUUUUCUGCGGGGGGCUGCGUUUUAUGCCCGCAGGUACAGACAUUGGUGAUCCCCCAUUGUAGGCUCCACUUUUCUGCUAUCUCGGAGUACUCCUACUUGAUCCGGAGUCCACUUCUGUGAUGCCUCCGAAAAAGGCAACGGCGGCCCAGAAGGGCAAGGCGAAAGUGGCAGAGACUAGUCGGGCACCGAGAGUCACCGUUACCCGAGCUCGAGCUCAGACUAUGCCCGGUAUUACACUUCAGUCAGAGGGAUCCAUUACACCACCGGCAGAGCCUGGAGCAGGUCCCUCAGCAGCUCCAGCGACUCCAGCGCCCGCAGCUCCAGCUCCUCAGUCAGGGGCGGAUGACAGGACAUUGACAGAGGCUGUGCAGUUACUGACUACCCUGGUAGCGGGACAGGCUCAGAGACACGGCCGGAGGGAUGAUGAUGAUGGCAGGCGGGACAGCCUGAGGGUUCGGGAGUUCUUAUUAUGUGGCCCUCCAGAGUUUUCCGGGUCUAAGCCCGACGAGGACCCUCAUGACUUUAUUAGGGGGAUGCGACGCUCAGUAGAUUUGGUCAGGGCUUCAGAGACCGAGUCUGUUGAGCUGGCUUCGCACAGGCUACGGGAUGUUGCUGCUCACUGGUACGAGUCUUGGGAGCUAGCUAGAGGCCGGGGUGCUUCCCCAGCCACUUGGGACGAGUUUGAGGCUGCUUUUCUCAGCCACUUUUUGCCUCCAGAGUUGCGGAGGGCGAGAGUGGACAGGUUUUUGCAGAUUCGACAGAGGGGCCGGAGUGUUCGUGAGUAUAACUUGGAGUUUGAUUCACUGGCCCGAUAUGCUCCGGCUAUAGUGGCAGAGAUGGCUGACCGGAUGCACCGAUAUGUGAUCGGGCUGGACCGUUACUUAGUUGAGUCCUGUAUGUCGAUGGCAUCACGGACAGAUAUGGAUAUCGCCAGAUUACAGGCGUAUGCUCAGGGGAUGGAGGACAGGUACCGAGCAGAUCAGUCCACUAGAGAUCGUGACAGGAGGCCGCCCAAGAGGGCUAGGUUCGCAGGUUAUUCCGGGGAUUCUCGAGGCGGACAGCCUCAGCAGCGGCAGUCAGGCAGACAGCUACCUCCACCCGGCCAGAGUACUCAGUCAGGCGGUCGGAGAUUUGAUAGUGCGGGACCGUCUGGGGCCGGUCAGGGCUCCAGAGCGGCAGGUCCACAGGUGUCCAGAGGCCCCAGCCAGCCCAGACCACCUAGGCCCCGUUGUUCUCAUUGCGGGAAGUCUCAUCCAGGGGAGUGUUAUCGAGCUACAGGAGCUUGUUUUACCGAGGCAGGUUUAUAG